CGCCUCUCGACGGAAAAAAAAAAGGCACACCGCACACUGGACAAGAUACACGCAUGUCUCCCCCAAGAAUUCUGCUCUGUGGCGACGUUCUUGGCCGCCUCGACCAGCUCUUCAAGCGCGUCUCAUCGGUCAACAAAUCGGCGGGCCCUUUCGAUGCCCUGCUUUGCGUGGGACAGUUCUUUCCAGACUCGCCGGACCGGCUGGACGAGCUCAUGGAAUACAUCGAAGGCCGGUCCCAAGUCCCUCUCCCCACCUACUUCAUCGGUGACUUCGGUGUCGGUGCGGCUAAGCCCCUAUUAGCGGCUUCCAAGGACUUGGCUAACCAAGGGUUCAAGAUGGACGGCCUUAAGCUUUGCGAGAAUCUGUUCUGGUUGAAAGGCAGUGGCAAGUUCACUCUCCAUGGUUUAUCUGUGGCAUAUUUAUCUGGUAAGCGUUUGUCAGAUGGUCAACAGUUUGGAACGUUUACUCAGGAUGAUGUCGACGUGUUGCGAGCUAUAGCUGAGGAACCUGGAAUUGUGGACUUGUUCCUAACUAAUGAAUGGCCAAGCGGAGUUACAAAUAGAGCAGCCACAUCUGAUCUUCCCCAUGGAUUCUCAGAUUCAUUUGGUGGUGAGUCGAUCAUUGCAGAACUAGUAGCAGAGAUAAAACCACGCUAUCACAUUGCUGGUACUAAAGGCAUAUUCUAUGCUCGUGAACCUUACUCUAACGUGGAUGCUGUGCAUGCGACCCGCUUCUUGGGUCUUGCUUCUGUUGGGAAUAAAGAUAAACAGAAAUUUAUUCAUGCGAUUUCUCCUACUCCAGCCUCUACCAUGUCAGCUGUUGAGCUUAGCAUGAAGUCCUCAAACACUACGUUGUGUCCAUAUGCAUAUUCAGAGCAUUCAAUUCAAGCCAACGAAGCCACAAAAAGGCCUAGUGAUAGUGUUUAUGACUCACAAUACUGGAGAUAUGAUGUCUCUCAAAAACGGCAGAAAUCUGGAGCUGGAGACAGCGAGAAGCUAUGUUUUAAAUAUGUAUCUUCUGGGUCUUGUCCACGAGGGGAAAAAUGCAACUUUCAACAUGAUAGUGCUGCAAGGGAACAAUAUCGGAGAGGUGUUUGUUUUGAUUUUAUUAACAAAGGGAAAUGUGAAAGGGGUCCAAAUUGCAACUUCAAGCACAGUUUGCAGGAUGAAGGUGAUUCUCAUAGGAAACAAGGAUCUGAAAAUGCUAGCACUAAUAGGUCGAAGGAGUGCUGGUUUUGUUUGUCAAGUCCCAAUAUAGAGUCACAUUUAAUCGUCAGCAUAGGAGAGCAUUCCUAUUGUGCUCUGGCUAAAGGUCCACUUGUUCAAGACCAUGUUCUAAUAAUACCUAUCGAGCAUUUGCCUAAUAGCAUUUUGCUACCCCCAGAAUGCGAAAGUGAGGUUCAUAGAUUCCAGAAUAGUCUCAAGAAGUAUCAUAAGCAUCGAGGGAAAUCAGUUGUUUUCUUUGAGUGGGUUUCAAAACGUAGUACUCAUGCUAAUCUUCAGGCUAUUCCUAUUCCAUCAUCCAGGGCAGCUGCUGUUCAAGAUAUAUUUAACUUAGCUGCUGAAAAGUUGGGCUUUAAAUUUGUGGCCUUGAAAAGGGAUGAGAAUUCCAGUGGAAGAAAAUUGUUGAGGACACAGUUUGAUAAGGAUUUUAGCUUCUUCUAUGUUGAGCUCCCUGAUGGCAAAAUAUUGUCACAUUUGGUUGACGAAAACGAGAGAUUUCCUGCUCAAUUUGGACGUGAGGUUUUGGCAGGCUUGCUGAACAUGGCAGAUAGGGCCGAUUGGAGGAAUUGUGCACAUAGCAAAGAAGAGGAAACAAAGAUGGCAGAAGAUUUCAAGAGGGGAUUUCAAGAAUUUGAUCCAAAUAAGUGAUUUCCCAGUAACAGAAGCCAGAACUGAGACAGCAUCCAUUGUAUUGUAACUGCCAUUUACCUCUAAGAUUCUUUAUAAGUUUGUGGCAGAUGUUAUCUGCCUGCCUUAAAAAGUGCGAAGGUGAUUUUUGUGGUGUCCUACAUGGAAGAACACACCUGCUUAAAUGCACACUGCACCUUGAAUCAAGUGGUGUCAAGAGGUAUCCUCAACAUUGAUUUUGUUUUAAGUUGAAGAGGAGAUGAGAGAAGUCAAUGCACUAAUGUCUAAAAUGUGGGGAAUGUUGUUAUAUCGGCUUUUAGUUUUCACAUUUGGAGUUCAGAUGUCUGCUGCAUAUUUACAAAUACCACAUGUAGUCUUAUCCCAUCAGCUGAUGUUGUUCUAACUGCUGUAACUUAAACUCGGAAAUAGCAAUUAUUUCUGCA